UGUAGCAAAAAUCUGCCCGUAAUGAGAUCGGACAUGACUCUUUACCACCCGCCCAAAUUUGACCAGCCUCGAAAACAUAUGUUCUUUGUUCUCUGAAAAGGAACUCUGAAAUUGAAUAUUGGCUGAGAAAAACCAGAUCUUUAGCAUUGAUUUCGAUGACUAGGGAUUAAAUUUGAGUAUUCGACUGAGUCAUCGAUAGAAUGUCGGCGAGGACGGACUCAGUGACGAUUCGGGUUCCGUACAGGAACCUGAAGGAGGCAGAAAUGGAAAUGGUGGGAGUUGAUGAGCCUCAUCAUCAUCAUCAUCAUCAUCAAAUCGAGCUCAAUUCUCUUCCUUCUUCUUCUACGUCCUCUCCUAGGGUUCCUAAUGAGACCUCUGAUGACCUCUCUUCGGCGAAUCCUCCCAGAUCUAAUAAGAAUUGCAGUCUGGCCACUUUGGUUCUUAGUUGUACUGUAGCCGCUGGUGUCCAAUUUGGUUGGGCGUUACAACUUUCACUUUUGACUCCCUAUAUACAGACACUUGGGAUAGGGCACGCUUUUUCUUCAUUUAUUUGGCUUUGUGGCCCCAUUACAGGCCUUGUGGUUCAACCCUGUGUUGGUAUUUGGAGCGAUAAAUGCACUUCAAAAUUUGGAAGAAGACGUCCCUUCAUUCUUGCUGGUUCUCUCUUAAUUUCAGCUGCUGUGGUAUUAAUCGGGUUUUCUGCAGACGUCGGAUACUUGUUAGGAGACACAAAGGAGCACUGCAGAACUUUUAAAGGUACCCGGACAAGGGCAGCUGUCGUGUUUAUAAUUGGGUUUUGGUUGCUUGAUCUUGCCAACAAUACAGUGCAGGGACCAGCGCGGGCUCUCCUGGCUGAUCUAGCUGGCCCUGAUCAACGCAAUACAUCAAAUGCUGUAUUUUGUUUAUGGAUGGCUGUUGGUAACAUCCUGGGAUUCUCUGCAGGAGCUAGUGGACAGUGGCACAAAUGGUUUCCCUUUCUGUUAACAAGAGCUUGCUGUGAAGCUUGUGGAAAUCUUAAGGCAGCAUUUCUUGUUGCUGUGGUAUUUUUAACUUUUUGUACACUUGUAACUAUAUAUUUUGCUGAAGAGGUUCCACUCCCUGUGAAAGAGCCCCGUCGUUUAUCAGAUGCUGCUCCUUUGCUGGAGGAUCAACAACAAAAUGGAAUUGAGAAUUUAAAACUAAAGCAUGAUAUCUCAGCCAUAAAUGGUGCCAAUGUGAAGAAUGUUAUGGGUAGUCAUGAAAGCAAUGCAAAUUCAAAAGUAGAGGAAGAACAGAAUAUUGGGCAUAUUGAUGGCCCUGGAGCUGUUUUAGUCAAUCUGCUAACUAGUUUAAGGCAUUUACCACCUGCAAUGCAUUCAGUGCUCAUUGUUAUGGCUCUCAGUUGGUUAUCAUGGUUUCCAUUCUUUCUCUUUGAUACGGAUUGGAUGGGAAGAGAGGUUUAUCAUGGGGAUCCAAAGGGAAGCUCAGCCGAAGCAAAGGCUUAUGAUCAAGGUGUCAGAGAAGGUGCAUUUGGUUUGCUAUUGAAUUCAGUUAUUCUGGGAAUCAGUUCUUUUCUUAUUGAACCUAUGUGUCAGCGGAUGGGUGCUAGACUAGUAUGGGCUUUGAGCAACUUUAUUGUGUUUGCCUGCAUGGCAAGCACCGCCAUCAUAAGUAUGAUAUCAGUUGGGCAAUAUUCUAAAGGAAUUGAACAUGCAAUUGGUGGGAAUGAUACUAUUAAGACAGCUUCCCUAGUUGUGUUUGCUAUUCUUGGCUUCCCACUUGCUAUUACCUAUAGUGUUCCAUUUUCUGUGACAGCACAGCUGACUGCAGAUUCUGGUGGUGGCCAAGGACUGGCUAUAGGUGUUCUGAAUCUGGCAAUUGUUGUUCCGCAGAUGAUUAUAUCACUUGGAGCUGGACCGUGGGAUGCUUUAUUUGGCGGAGGAAAUAUACCUGCAUUUGUUUUGGCUUCCUUGGCUGCACUUGCAGCUGGUGUUAUUGCCGUUCGCAGGCUUCCAAAUCUAUCUAGCAGUUCAUUCAGGUCAUCUGGUUUUCAUUUUGGCUAAUGACCGUCCGAAUCUAGGCAACCUGAUGAACAGCUUUUAUAUGGCUCUCGGCAAUUGUGUCGGGAGCACUUACUCUCAGAGAGUUGGCCCCUUGCCAUAUAACGUACCUGUAAUAUUUCACAUGAAAGAAUGCAAUUACUUACACAAAUUCAUUCAUUCUUUUCCCACGUUUGUGUGGGUAUUUGUAGCUUUUUGUAGUGUGUAAAUUUUCAUUUAUACGGAAAGGAUAUAGAGAUAAUGAUUGAUAAGUAUAAUAAUAUCAUAUUACCACGAAUUUAUUCA